GCCUAGCUGCGCCCCGCCGCCCGGCCUCGAGCUCCCGCCGGGGCUCGGCUGCGGCCCGCCCUGGGCCGCCUCGGACGUCGGCGGCGAAGGAGAGCGACCGCCGCGCCGCGCGGCGCCUGCAAAGGCGGCAGCGCGUCGGUCGCGAGAUCGCCCCGACCGUCGGUCAGACCGCGUCUUCCUUGGAGACAGAGUCGGCGUCGGCACCUACCAGGCGGGGCCGCCGCCGCCUGGCGCAGGCAUUCGCGAGCUGGGCCAAGAUGAUGGCGCCGACGGCGGUCACUGCCGCGUCUCUGGGCGCUGCCCUGGCCGUCUGCUUCCACGUGGCCGACGCGCGGAAGCUGUUCGCGGCUCUGGCCUUCAAGGGCUUCGACGUGGGCGAGAAGAGCUCAGGCCUACCUCGGGCCACUCGCGCAGCGAAGGGCUGGAGGCGCCUGGUGCCGCCAAGGUCGAGGCUGCCGCUCCCUUGGGCGGCGUGCUGCCUGAUCAUCCGGGCGCUGGCGAGCGCGGGCGAGCCGAUGAUCGCUGCCCUGACCGCGGUGACGUUCGCGCUGUACCCACGGCCGUCCGAGGGCGUCUGGGGCGCGACCCUGAACCCGCGCGAGCGGGACGUGGCUAGCAAGACUGGCGUCUACGACGACUCUCUGCUGAUCGACAGUCCAGCCUUCCCAUGGUUGCCAGGCCCGCUGCAGAAGCUGACCUCGACCCGCCCGGCGAGCCAGUCCCUCUUCCAUGCGAGCUGCGACGAGUGGAACACCGCGUUCCAGACAGCGACCCGCGCGGCGGGCCUGCAGGCGCCAGGGCCGAUCACCCUCCACCAGCUCCGCCACGGCGGCGCGAGCCGCGAGCUGCCGGCGAAG